AUGGAUGAUACUAAAGAUAUUGACCUCGCUACAAUAUCGGAAUAUCAAGCGGACAUGUGCUUGACCUUUGACAAUGACAUCGAUCUUCAAACCAUCUUCAAGGACGUGGUCGUCAACCCCGCUCAGGAUGUAAGGAUAUUCGGAAAGCAUGGAGUCUCAUAUGAGGACCUCCAAGUCAUGAAGGAGGAGUACAUCUGCUUUGAAAUCACGGAGACGCCUGGCAAAAUCUUUGAAAAGCUGUUUCAGGUCAAUCGGCUGUACAAUGUAUUGAAGGGUGAGAUGAUUGGCGAAGACUCCAAGAUUGCGGCGAUAGGUUUGUUGACGAAUGGCAACAGAGAGGACUUUGAGGUGGUCAGUGGAUGUUUGAGCAGGUUCUUCUCUCUGGCCUCUGAUCACCAUGAAUUGACGUCGUUUGUGGAUCCUGGAAGCAUACCGUUUGUUUUGAUUUACACUCCGUACAGGAAUAUUUAUGGUGCUGUGCAAGAUCUGAAGGAGAAUGUGGACAGGAAGUUCGAUGAACUGAAGGAGGAUGUGGACACGAGGUUCAAUGAACUGAAGGAGGAUGUGGACACGAGGUUCAAUGAACUGCAGAGCAACGUAACCGCGUUGCAGAGCGACGUAACCGAGUUGAAGAGCGACGUAUCCGAGUUGAAGAGCGACGUAUCCGAGUUGAAGAGCGGCGUAUCUGCUUUGAAUGUUACGAUGGGUCUCGUACUGGAGCUUCUCAACAAAAAGCUCAAGUGA